AUGGGCACUUGUUUGUUGCAACUGGAGUGUAAGUCUGGUCUGCCUAUUCCCCUCGUUACAGGAGCUGAAUUCCAAGCCAGUGAUCUGGGUCUGCUAAUAGAGAACGCUUCAAUUGAGCAGCUCGGCGUGGCAAGGAAGGUGACCAUCACCAAGGACUCCACCACCAUCAUUGCUGAUGCUGCAACCAAAGAUGAGAUCCAAGCCCGAAUCGCGCAGAUAAAGAAGGAGCUGGCUGAGACUGACUCUGUCUAUGACUCCGAAAAGCUGGCUGAGAGAAUCGCCAAGCUCUCCGGUGGUGUUGCUGUCAUAAAGGUUGGAGCUGCGACGGAGACGGAGCUUGAGGACCGUAAGCUACGGAUUGAGGAUGCCAAGAAUGCCACCUUUGCUGCCAUUGAGGAGGGGAUUGUGCCGGGUGGUGGCGCUGCAUUUGUUCACCUCUCUGCUUGUGUUCCUGCGAUCAAGGAUAAGCUUGAAGAUGCAGAUGAACGGCUGGGAGCCGACAUCAUACAGAAGGUAAGUAUGCCACCAUCUGUUCUCUGCACAAAAUGUGAAGGCUAA